AUACGGUCUGAAGGAGGUGGAGACUGAACAACACAAAUUAGAGGAAGAAACAAGUAUACAAGAGAAGGACUGAAGUUAAUAGGCUCCGAGUAUAAUAAAUGAAUGCUCACAUUAGCGCAAAGUGAACAGAAUGUUCUGUCCUGUGGGUUGAAAAAUUUGCGAGUGUGUCAUUGCUCAUAGAUAAGAGAAACACCUUCUGACGUUGAACAUUUGCCAAGACGUUUCUCAACUGGAGGAUGUAAAAAUUUAUAAAUGUGUUUUGAUAUCCUUUUUUUUCAGAAGAGUUCUGGACUAUUUACAACCAUAUCACCACGUGCACGAUAAACUCGAGGUGCAAGACAGAUUUCACAUAGCGCUCAUUUUAUCAAGCACAGGGUAGCGUGUGUGAGAUGUGAGAUAUUUUGCUUAAGUGAAUAUUCUGCAAAAAAAGAAAAGAUUUAGAACAGGCUUGUUACGAUCCUGGAAAGCGCUGCUAUGGAUAAAUCUAAAAACUUUCGAAUUGAUGCUCUCCUGGCGGACGAAUCGCAUUGGAAAUGGGACCUCCCCUCAAGACAGAAUUCGGACAGCCCGGCCGGCAGCCCCGUGCCCUGCGUGCGCGCGGGGAUUCCAUUGCCCCGGGGGAUUUGUGGAGCCGGUCAGCUAUUGACCGAACUUGACUUCAAAUCGGGUUCGCAGAACCUUCCACGCGAAGGCCUGGCGCCUCAAGGUGCGAUGUACUCGCCACCCAUGUACCCCAUGUCCGCCAUCGGAGACAGGUUUCCAGACUUCUACCCAGGAUUCGCGCAACUAAUGCAAGCUACACCAGAACACUUUAGGGUGGCGGGAAUGUCUGGCUCCUUCCCGCUGGACCACUGGAUCGGCACUGGUAUGGUGCCACGCCUGCUCGAAUACAUGACCGGGCCCCAGUCGGAGCUGAUGGGGAGGAAUCGCAGACCUCGUACAGCCUUCACCAGUCAGCAGCUCCUGGAGCUGGAGAACCAGUUCAAGCUCAACAAGUACCUGUCCCGCCCCAAACGCUUCGAGGUGGCCAGCUCCCUGAUGCUCACCGAGACCCAGGUGAAGAUCUGGUUCCAGAACCGGCGCAUGAAGUGGAAGCGCGGCCGCAAGGCCACGGGCCGGGGCGAGGCGGACCCCCAGAGCGGGUAUGGGCGAACGGACCGGCCCGGCAAGACCGCAGGGGAAGAGACAGAGGAGGAGGAGGAGGGGGAGGGGGAGGUGGAGGUGGAGGUGGAUGAAGAGGAGGAAGAGGAAGGGGGGAAAGACACGCGUCGCGAAUGCGCCACGAAGGGUCGCGUGAGGUCAUCGUCCCGCUCCCCACCGGACUUCCUGGGGUCCCCGGGGGAGCCCCGCCGGUACUGCCCCCGCCGCCCUUGCGCUGGGCGGGAGCUGGAGGAGGCGAGGGGGGACGGGAGGAUCGCAGUGGAGCUGUGAGGAGGCCCGUUUCUCCUCUUAUUAGAGGAACACCCCUGUGUUUUAACGUGCAGGGGGCCAUUCGCUGGAGAGCGACUGCAUUUUCGCUUCAGUUUGGAACAUUUUCUCAUUGGCUGGGAUGUGGUAAAGUCACACAGAAGACACAGAGCACUGAGACUACACCGAAAUGUAACUAAUUUGCUUUGUUCUUUACUUUGAACUACACAUUUUAAAGAAAGUUUUACACAUGUUAAGGUACAUUUCUUUCGUUUUAUCAAAAUGAAGGCAAACCAAUAUCUGAGAACUGACAAAUAAAUUCAUCACUUGCUUAAAACUCACGGCUCAAACAAAAAAAAAAAGUCCAACGCAUCAGCUUUUUUUAAAGGUGUGAUGCUUUUUCAGAUAUUCUCUGAAUACUGAACACUCUCUGUAUCACCUGGGAAGGCGUGCUGCAUGUUUUGAUGCAGUUCUCAUUUGUGUCCCUGUCACAUCUGCUCAUUUUCUGUAUAAAAUGUAUUUAUAAAAAUAGAGAAAACAAAAAGGU